CUAUUCUGGGAUCUCCUCAUCUCUUCCAAGCUCCUCCACUUCUGUCCCCAUCUGUCUGUCGAUCUCCCUUCCCUUCCCUAUCCUUCCCUCCCCAUCAGUCCUUUUCCCACCCCCCCCCCCAUCAUGGCUGCCAGCAAUGACCUCCGGGGCUGGGUCAUGAGUGCCGUCUCUGGUGCGGCCUGCGUCCUGGGGUCGUCCGUCAUCUGCAUCGAUAUAGUAUUGCGGCAGUUAACACGACGAAAGGACUUUCAAAUAGUCCACAACAAUGCAUUCUUGUCAGCAUCGCUCUGUCUGAGUGCAGGUGUCAUGCUUUUCACGUCUCUCUAUAGCAUGCUUCCUACGUCUCAUAAUUACCUCAUUCGCGCUGGCUGGUCUCCCUCCAGCUCGGCGUAUGUGCUCAUUGGACUCUUCCUCGCCGGUGUCGUCGUCAUUCGCUUCGCAUCCGCCUUGCUGCACCGGUAUAUCCCCUCUCAUGUCGUCGAUUGCGCUCAUUCCCACGAACCGCAUCCGAAACACGAUCACCACCAUGAGCCCAACGGGCACCAUCAUGAUGAGUCGAAUACGUGGAACGAGCGCACCCCCCUUCUGUCACGGUCCUUCAAAUCCUCCCCGGCGACCAUGACCCUCCCCGAGGCGAACUCUCGCACCCAAGUGCCUCUCCAACGGCGGGAAUCAUUGCGGGAUCGUCUGACGCGGCGCUUCAGCCGAAUGGUGGGCGUCAAAGCUCAGUGCGACGAGAACGGACCUUGUUUCGGAUUUUCGCAGGCGUGUGGCCAUGAAUGUACCAAGACCCUCUUGCAGACCCCCUCAAUCUCGGAUGUAGGCAGUGACCUGGUUCGUCCAUCCCUCCAACCCCCCCGCAGCAUCACCGUCCACGGAGAUGCAACCCAGCCCAACGAUCUCGAAUCGGGUCUACCUCGCGUGCACGAGUCGCACCACCACCACCACCAUCAUCACCAUCAUCACCAUGAAACCAGCUCCUCCUCGUCGCACACGGGCCUGUUGGACGAUCAGUGCGAGCCGUCGGAAGACUCCCCGCACAAGCCUCCGGUCGUCUCCGCGACCGAGACGCCGCAACAUCACCACCACGUCCCGCAGAACGCAUUCUUGUCCAUCGGGCUCCAGACGUCCGUCGCCAUCGCCCUGCACAAGCUGCCUGAGGGCUUCAUCACGUAUGCGACCAACCACGCGAGCCCGACUCUAGGACUGACCGUCUUCCUGGCGCUCUUCAUCCACAACAUCAGCGAGGGCUUCGCCAUGGCCCUGCCCCUCUACCUGGCCCUGCACUCGCGCGGCUGGGCCAUGUUCUGGUCCAGUCUGCUGGGCGGCAUCAGUCAGCCGGCGGGCGCGGGCCUCGCCGCCCUCUGGAUCUGGGGCGCCCGGCGCGCCAACGGGGACGAUGGGACGGCCGGUCCGUCGUGGGGCGUGUACGGGGGCAUGUUCGCCGCCACCGCGGGCGUCAUGACCUCGGUGGCGCUGCAGCUGUUCAGUGAGGGGUUGACUUUGACCCAUCAUCGGGGCAUGUGCACGGGGUUUGCGAUUGGGGGUAUGGUCCUGAUGGGUCUCAGCUUUGCGCUCACGGCAUGAUCUUUCGUGCAUCGUUGGUUGGCGUUGAUUCUCGGGUAUGAUACGGGGUGAAAAAAUAUAACUUGCAUCCUUCUUUUCCAGUUGUUACUAGACAGAAUGACUCAUGAGAUAGCAUGGUUCAAGCGGAGUGACUCUUUUUGUGAAGUUAUGAAAUGACGUGACGAUAUCGGGGGUCGAUUGAUUGUUUCUGGGUUGUAUCUGAUUACUUGGGGAACACAUAUAUAUAUAGCGUUACCGGGAGAAUCGCAGUUCGUCUUCAUGUU